AAACAAAGCGAAUGGUGGAUUAGGAAUGAACCUCCUGAACGGUCGCUGGCUCCAAUACGGUAGGCGGCGAUGUUCGUGUUUAACGGCGAAACAAACAGGCAAGGAAGAAGAAUACCACAACAUUACGCCAUGGCUGUCUUUACGAGAUUUAAAUCCGCAGUCAGGUGGCGGUAUAUACCUCCGUGUUCCGUCUACCGACGGAGACUCGACCCGGGCCCGUUACUGCGCCCCGCGGAGUCGGUCCCUGAGCGGCGUGUACACCACGGAGGCGCGGAAAGCGCAGCCCCGCGGCGGCGGCCUUUCUCCCGGGUUACCGCGGACGACCUGGUGUUCUUCAGGGGAGUGCUGCCGGGCAGGGUCAUCACCGACCCGGAUGUGCUGGAGUCCUGCAAUGUUGACUGGCUCAAGACCGUGAAAGGUAACAGCGAGGUUCUCUUAAGACCCAAGACAACUGAUGAGGUCUCUCAGAUACUCAGGUACUGCAAUGCGAGGAAUCUGGCGGUGUGUCCUCAGGGUGGUAACACCGGGUUGGUGGGAGGCAGUGUCCCUGUGUUUGAUGAGAUCAUCCUCUCUACUGCCUUACUGAACCGAGUUUUGGCCUUUGAUACCAUCUCAGGCAUCCUAACGUGCCAGGCGGGCUGUGUGCUGGAAAGCCUGUCCGAGUACGCGGACAAACAGGACUUCGUCAUGCCACUGGAUCUGGGGGCCAAGGGCAGCUGCCACAUCGGCGGGAACGUGUCCACAAAUGCGGGGGGGCUUCGGCUGCUGCGCUACGGCUCCCUGCGAGGGACGGUCCUCGGCCUCGAAGUGGUGCUGGCUGAUGGCAGGGUUUUGAAUCUCCUGGCAUCGCUGCGCAAGGACAACACUGGCUUUGACCUGAAGCAGCUGUUCAUUGGGUCGGAGGGAACGCUUGGGGUCGUCACUGCUGUGACUAUUCUGUGCCCUCGUAAACCCAGAUCCAUCAACGUCGCCUUCUUGGGGUGCUCCAGCUUCCAGAACCUGCUGAAGACCUUUCACAUGUGCCGGGGAAUGCUGGGAGAGAUCCUGUCUGCUUUUGAGUUCCUGGAUGCUUCUUGCAUGAGCCUGCUGGAAAACCAUCUCAAACUCACCAACCCCAUCUCAGAGAGUCCUUUCUACAUUGUCAUUGAGACAGCUGGAUCAAACAGUGCUCACGAUGAGGAGAAGCUCCACAACUUCCUAGAUAAGGUCAUGACAUCAUCACUUGUUACCGAUGGUACCGUUGCGACAGAGGAGGCUAAAAUAAAGGCACUUUGGUCUCUGAGAGAGAGGGUCACUGAGGCUCUGAGGCAUGACGGAUACACGUACAAGUAUGACAUCUCUCUGCCUGUGGAGAAGAUCUAUGAUCUUGUUACCGACAUGAAGGAGCAUCUGGGAUCCAGGGCGAAGAAUGUGGUUGGAUACGGACAUGUUGGUGACGGCAACCUUCAUUUGAACGUCAUCUCUCCCACCAAAGAUGUGGGGCUGCUAGCAGCCAUUGAGCCUUACGUGUACGAGUGGGCAGCGCGGUGUCGGGGCAGCAUCAGCGCGGAGCAUGGGCUGGGCCUGAAGAAGAGGAACUUCAUCUACUACAGCAAGGUGCCUGAAGCUGUGGCCCUCAUGGCUAACAUCAAAGCCAUGCUGGAUCCCAGAGGCAUCCUCAACCCUUACAAGACCCUGCCCGAUGACGCUCACUCACGAUAACCUGGUGCAGGCGAUGUUGAACCCUUCCUCACCUUAUGCUUCUACCACCAUUUGUGGCCCAGAGCAUCUGAUAUUAGUGGAGACAAAUCCUACAGGCUCUGAUGUGCAGCUUUUAAAACUGUGUAAAAAGAAGGUCCCCACGUUGUGUAAGAUUUUGAAUUUUGGCCUACUGGGUCAUUUGGCAUUUGCCCAAUUUCUGUUCAAGCCCUGUACCUGAGAUUAUUUUUAUUUUUAAUGGAGUUCUGGAUAAAACCAAGGUAAAGUCUUAAAUAUGAGAAGUGAGAGAUCCAUGUUCGCAUUUCGCAAUUCAUAACAUGUUGAACACUAUGCAUUUGGUCCUAAACAAGACUGUCAGCCUGUCACUUGCUCAGCUCCGGUGCUGGACAACAACGGUGCUAAUACAGUCGACAAGUAAUUGUUUAAAAUCAGCAAAACAAGGAAUCGUGUUAACAGCAUGAGAUUUUAUUGUAACUUGUCAUGUAAAUAUACUGGAUUAUGUCCAUCAUGUUUCCUACCAAUUAAUUAAUUUAAAUUCAUUUAGGCAAUAAAAGAGAAUUAUUUUGGUUAA